UCGCACGAGUCGUGUCUACUGGACCAAGUGCUGGAUCUGAUUAUGAAUGAGAGUCAGACCCACUCCAACAGCCUUUUCCUAGACGAAGACGCAGGCAAGUGCCGGAUCCCAGAGAGUCGCGUGCAGCGCUUCCAGAAAGCCAUGCAGAAGCAGGCGAGCCGAGCUCAGAAGAGGAUGAGCUUCGUCACGAGAGAGAGCGUCAGGAACUUUCUCAAGAGGAACGCCUUCGUGCUCCUCACGGUGGCGGCCGUGGUGUUGGGCGUGGCGUUAGGCUUUGGUCUGCGCCGGUACGACAUGUCCCUAAGGGAGAUUAAGUAUUUCUCCUUCCCCGGAGAGCUGCUCAUGAGGAUGCUGAAAAUGCUGGUCCUGCCUCUCAUUGUUUCCAGCCUUGUGACCGGGAUGUCUUCUCUGGACAGCAGGGCGUCGGGGAAGAUGGGGAUGCAAGCCGUGGUUUACUACAUGGUGACCACCUUCAUCGCCGUGUUCAUUGGCAUCGUCAUGGUGAUGAUUAUCCGGCCUGGAGGGGGGCACAGGGACAGCCCUGUCCCGACGGAGAGCAAGAUAGAGCAGAUCCAAGCUGUGGACGCCUUCCUGGACCUCAUCCGGAAUAUGUUCCCUCCAAACCUGGUGGAAGCUUGCUUCAAACAGUACAAGACCCAGUAUACCAAGAGGCUUGUCAAGAGGAACGUCACGACAGCAGCAAAUUUCACCGAUGACACAAACGCCACUGAGUCGUCCGUUCUGGCUAAUAUCAGCCAAGCCAUCCAGACCCUGCAGGAGACCAUCACAAUGGAGGAGGCGGUGCCUGGGCCAGGCUCCUCCAAUGGGGUGAAUGCGCUGGGACUGGUGGCGUUCUCCAUGUGCUUCGGCCUGGUAAUUGGGAAAAUGAAACAGAAAGGCCAGGCACUGCUGGAGUUCUUUGACUGUCUCAAUGAGGCCAUUAUGAGACUGGUGGCAAUCAUCAUAUGGUACGCUCCUGUGGGGAUCAUGUUCCUGAUCUCUGGGAAGGUCCUGGAGAUGAAGGAUUUGGCUCAGAUGGGCGGGCAGCUGGGGAUGUACACAGUCACGGUGAUCGUGGGGCUGCUGAUCCACGCCUUGUUUGUGCUUCCACUGCUCUACUUCAUCGUCACACGCAAGAACCCCUACCUGUUCAUCGGGGGGCUACUGCAAGCACUCAUCACCGCCCUGGGGACAUCAUCAAGCUCAGCGACGCUCCCCAUCACUUUCCGGUGCCUGGAGGAGAAUAACAAAGUGGACAAGCGCGUGACGAGGUUCGUCCUGCCCGUGGGCGCGACCAUCAACAUGGACGGCACCGCGCUCUAUGAGGCCGUGGCCGCCAUCUUCAUCGCUCAGGUCAAUCACAUGGAGCUUAACUUCGGACAGAUCAUAACCAUCAGUAUCACGGCAACAGCAGCCAGCAUUGGGGCCGCGGGGAUCCCUCAAGCUGGUCUGGUAACCAUGGUGAUCGUAUUGACAUCGGUGGGACUGCCUACUGAGGACAUCACCCUGAUCCUCGCGGUGGAUUGGUUCCUGGACCGCCUGAGGACCACCACUAACGUCCUGGGGGACUCGCUCGGCGCCGGCAUUGUAGAGCACCUCUCCCGGCAAGAACUGCAGACCCAGGACACCGAGAUCGGCAACUCGGUCAUCGAGGAGAACGAGAAGCCUUAUCAGCUGAUCUGCCAGGACAACGACACCCAGAAACACCGCAACAGCGAGACCAUGAUGUGAGGCUCUGCCGUCAGGAGCAGCAGCACCCAGCCCCUGUCACAAGCAAGCAGAACAACACCCAACACACUCUGCAGGGAAGGCUGUGCCCAUCUGACAGAUCCUGGACUCCCCACAGGGGCUGGCUUGUGGCUGACCAUUCCACUCCACGUCCUGAAAGUAUUAAAUGAAAUCAUUGUUCCAUAUGCAUUUUAAAACUGUAGUAAAACUAAAAGAAACCAAGAUCCAUUCUCAACGUUUUAAAUAACAUAACAAAGGGGCCCGGUUAGAAAGAGACUGGAAUGUAUUGAAACCCGCAAGCUAGUAUCCCAGGUCCCGGUGUUUUUAGAUCCUUGCUGUACUCAGUGAAAUGAACCUCUGGCAAAGGGAAGGGCUGUGAUCCACGUGUUUCCGUCCUGUUUCUGUCCUUGUUUCAUUCGCUGGCAUUAGAAUGUUUCGUGCACCCCGACACUAACAUCAUUACUGUGGAUCUACCUCGUAAAUAUUCAGAGCGUUCCUUUUUAAAUCUUUACUUGCCUGCCGUGAUUUUAAAAAAUGCUUUUACUGCUAAAACGUUUAGACGGCACAAACCAGAAGCAUCUGACAACAGUGUUUUAAACAAGUGAUGAAAAUGAUAAUCCCUUGCCCAUGGUUAGAGGCUACAAGGGUCGAAUGGGGGGAAAUUUACCUUGAGACCAAUGGAGAACCUGGCCAUGGCGAAUUUAUUAUUAUUAUUAUUAUUAUUAUUAUUAUUAUUAUGAUGGUGAUGAUUUAAUUCUGUGUUAUUUAGUACAUUUUGCUAUUUAGAAGUAUCUGUUUACUGUAGUAGACGCACUGUUAAAAUGAGUUAGAGCAAGUUCGCCAUCUAGUGGACAAUCACAGGUAUUGUAAGGGUUUUGUCAAAACCACUGCAUAAGAGGACUGCUAUAUUACUACUGCUUUAGUUCAUCACUUUAUAUCUUUAUCAAACCCAAAAUAUUAGACUUUUUGA